AUGUGGUUCAUGGGCCAGCAGUUUACUGAGGACGAAGCUGCAGAUCUCAGACAGCAAUGGCAAGACAGGUACCCGAAGAUCGUGCAUUCAGCCAGGGGCGGCAACGGCCGGGAGACGCCACAGCAGAGGGCUUCGGCAACGUCCUCCAAGAAGAACCGGCUGGCAGCCUGGGACGCACUGCUCACCCUGGAGGCCACUGAGCGCAUUCCCCCACCCUGGCACAUGCGCUUCAGGAGCGAUCCAUAUGGGAAUGUGGUGGCACUGGAGGCUCGGGGCAGCUGCGUGUGUGCGUUUGAGGUGGAUCACAUCUUCCCUUGGGCCCGUGGGGGCCUCAGCGUGGUUGAAAAUUUCAUGGCCCUGUUCUGGCGCAGCAAUCGCAAUGUCAAGAAUGACAAGGACAUUUGA